UAUUUUUUAUUUUAUUUAAAAUACGUGUUUUAAUGUUUUUUGACGCUAGAUUUUCGUGUUUUUUGACGUUUUUCGUGUAAUUUUUGUUAAAAUCUAUUGUUUCUAUGCCCAAUUCUUGAAAUUUUGACUUAUUCUUUUCAAAUUAAUUUUUGUGUGUACCUAUAGUCUAUGCCAUUUUUCUCACUUUUUAAAAUGUUUUACAGAUUAUUUUUCAGCAAAUGUCUGAUAAAAUUAACUUAAAAACCGAGGUUUUAACCGAAAAUGAAGAAAAUUGUUUUACAACUCAGGAACAAACAGAAAAUAAUGCGGGAACAUCCACCAUCGAUGUUCAACCAAAUGAAAAUGAAACUGUUACCCAUUCUGUUGAAACUACAAGUCUUUCAUCUGUCGUUGGUGAUAAUGCUGAUUUAACAACGUUAUCGAGAACUGAAACUAUUCCUGUUGAGUCUUCAUCUUCUAGGGAAACACUGGAAGGAUGGUCUUCUCCAAUACUGGAGGCCGUUAAUGGAAUGGUUCAACCUCGUGUAGUUCCUCCCAUUGGAAAACCUGUUCGUUGGACAAACCAAUUGGAUUUUCUUAUGAAAGAUGUUCUCAAACAAGCUAAAAAUCAUAAACAUGCCUGGCCUUUUCAGAGACCUGUUGAUUCUAUUAAGUUAGGGAUUCAGGACUAUCACAAUGUUAUUAAACGGCCAAUGGAUUUGGGUACAAUAGAAAAACGUUUAAAGAAUAUGUAUUAUUAUUCAGCUCAGGAAUGCAUGAAGGACAUCAUGCAAAUCUUCAACAAUUGCUACAUUUACAAUCCACCUGAAUAUGGGGUCUAUAAGAUGGCAAAAGAACUCGAACAAUUUAUACUGAUGAGAAUCAGUAAAAUACCUACUGAUGAGCGUGAAAUCCCUUUUCCUAAUCAGAAGAAAGGUGGAAACAAAGGUGCAAUCAAAAAAAUUGUUCGUGCAACUUCAACAACUACAAAAGGUACUAAUAGUCCGUCUAAUAGCUUGUGUGAAUCUGCAACAGCAAUUUUAAGCUAUUUUCACAAUGCUACUUUGCAAGGUGCUCGCAAAUUUUUGAGUUUAUAUUUUUGGAUUGGUAUUUUUUUCUAA